AUAAAUAAACCCCACCCAAAAUUCCUUUCUGACAACCUUCUCCACCUGGGAACUACAUCUCAAGAAACGGAUAUCAUGGAUCUUGCAGAUGCUCUUGAUAGUGGAACAGCACCGAGCACUCAGUCUGGAGGGGCAACAUGGCCAGGGCAGCCCACAAACCCAUCCUGGCCUGGGCAACCUGCUUGGCCUGGGCAACCAGGCCAGCCCACCUGGCCAGGGCAACAGCCAGGCAUGCCAGCUCAGCCAUACUGGCCUGGUCAGCCAGGGCAGCCAGCAUGGCCUGGACAACCCAACCAGCCCACUGCACCAGGUUGGCCAGGACCAGCCCCACCAACUGCCCCUCAGACUGUCCAAGCACUGAGUGUUCCAUAUGACCUGGCUCUGCCCAGUGGAGUCUAUGACAAGAUGCUGUUUACCAUCCAGGGCGAGGUCAAGCCUGAUGCUAAAUUGUUCACAGUUGAUCUGGGCAGAAAUAAAGACAUAGCCUUUCAUUUCAACGCUCGCUUCAAUGAGGAUGGGAAGCAGGUGAUAGUGAGAAACAGCAUGAUAGGGAACCAGUGGGGUCAAGAGGAAAGAGCAAUUCCUUCAUUCCCUUUUGUCCAGGGGAAGACUUUUGAGAUGAAGAUCUUGUGCACUCAGACUGAAUUCAGAGUGGCUGUGAACAAGUCACACCUACUUGAGUUCAAGCAUCGGAUUCGUGAGCUCAAUCAGAUCAACCAAAUCAGCAUCUACAGGGAUGUCGCACUUUCAUAUGUAAACGUAGAGACACUGCCCUGAAAAAUGUAAAUCAUAUCAAUGUUCUUUUUAGAUGGUGUUUCUGUUGGAUAGUGACGGUGGCUAUGGUGAUAAUCUUACUGUAAAGAACAUCUUAUUAAGGGUCAUGUAUACUGAAAGUCUGUAAUAACAUAAAGCACAAUCCAUCAGUCACCUUGA